AUGUCAAACGAUAAAAGUGAUGAUGGUCAAAUUAGUAAAAUUAUAAGACAAUGGGAUAAAUAUGUUUAUACCAUUCUUUUUCUUUACAAUUACUUAAAUUUUGGUAUUAUAACAUGUAUAUUUGCACCGACAAUGCUUGAUAUGAGAUACCUGUUUAAUACAUCGGUUGCAUAUAUAUCAUAUGUAAAUACAUUUGCAAAUUUAGGAUAUUUGAUGGGAUCUUUAGUUGGCUUUCUUUUUAAAUACGUUAACAGACAACUUGUGCUAAUUAUAAUGACAGCACUUUACGGUAUUUUUACGGCUGUUAUGCCGUUUUGUCCAAAUAUAUACUUAUUAUGGUUGGCCCGGUUUAUMAACGAGUUUGGAUGCGGUGCUUGGGAUAGUAGUGUUUCGGUUUGGAUUAUUGAAUUGUGGGGUAAAAAGGCCUCACCGGCAUUACAUUUGAUGCAAAUGAUGUAUGGAUUGGGAUCUAUUUUAGCGCCGAUAAUGACWAAACCAUUUUUGAAAGGAAAAAUCGGUAGCAGUGGUGAAGACGAUCAAAUUAACUUUACAAUUGAUAGAAAAUCUGACCUACAGGUGCCCUAUUUGAUUGUUGGAGUAACCAGUCUUAUUGGCACAAUUAUAAUGAUAAUAAUGUUUAUAUUCAAGAGAUAUAUCCCACCAAAAGAAACUAAGGAAGAAGAGACACAACAAGUGACUGWCAAUGAAAUACAAAUAAAUAGUGAUUUAUCGCAACCAUCGCGAAGAAUACGAUAUCUAUUGAUAGGGUUAAUGGCUUUGAGUCUUAACACAUACUCAGGUCUUGAGUUAAUGUAUUUCUUCUACAGUUCCGCUUAUUUUACUUUUCUACCAAUUCAUCUGUCGGUUCAAAAAACUACAGAUAUUUUGACUGUAAUGACCGCUGCCUUUACUUUUGGACGAUUAGUGUCUGCAUAUAUUGCACUCAAAUUGAAGCCACAUAUUAUGCUUUGCUAUCACUUUAUUAUUGUUAUUAUUUCAUUACUUAUUCUUCAGUUCAUACAGUCAUCAGAACUGGUUAUUUGGAUUAUAAAUGUUAUAAUUGGAUUUGGUUUUAGUGGCAUUUGGUGUUCAUUUAUAACUUUUGCUGAAAAUCACAUCAAACUGACCAACAAUGUGACCGCAAUAUUUGCAUUUAUUUCGGGUUUGUGUCCAAUGGUAUCACCAUUUAUUGUGGGAAACUUAAUUGAAAAUCAUCCGCAAGUCUUUUUAUAUAUGGAUUUUGGAUAUUUUGCAUUAACAUUAAUUUUAUUAAUUUUAAUGUUAUUUGUGGUACAAAAAUAUUAUUAUAAAUCAUUGUAA